AUGCCCUUGCCCAGUUUGUCUCCUGAAAGCCCAGCUGAGGAGAGUAGCCCAGAAGUUCAAGAGGCCAGCUUGGAUGCUGCCAAACCAGAAGGAGCAGAGGAGGCCGUGUGGUCUGCAAGACAGAACUUACCUUCUGCAAUCACCACAGCAGCUCCAGAUGGCAAGGUAGACCAGUCUACCAGCGGAGAGGAGGGGACUCAGAAAUGCCUGGCAUCCCAGUCUCCUACUGAGGGAACGGAGGCAGCAGUGGAAGAGUCUGACCAGGAGGAGCGCUGUGUUCCCCUCUCGCAGCUGACUCCAUACAUCUCCUGUUCUAUUUGCAAAGGCUAUUUAAUAGAUGCGACAACCAUUACAGAAUGUCUUCAUUCCUUCUGUAAAAGCUGCAUCGUAAAACAUUUUGAUCAUAGCAACAGAUGUCCAAAAUGCAGCAUUGUGGUGCACCAGUCCAGACCUCAUAGCAAACUGAGGUUGGAUCCACACUUACAAAACAUAGUGUACAAAGUAGUGGCAGGCCUAGAAGAAAAAGAAAAAAAGCAGAGGCGUGAAUUCUCCAAAGAAAAUUGUCCGGUAACACCAAAACCUGCUGCUGUUCCAGAGCCAGGCCCUUCAAGCGAAGGAAACACCAAGGAAGUUGUAGAAUAGUUUCUUAGUUCACUUGAACCUCAUAUGUCUUUAGUACUAGAGUCUAUGGCCACUAAUGCAGACACUGAACAUUUUAAGCCACUGAAAAUGAAGUUUGUGCGAGUCUCAUGAAAUGAAACCACUGAACAUAUAGAAAAGUUUCACAAAAGAAAAAUGGAGCUUGCUGCAGCUUUCCAGGUAGACAUCAUGUUAGUUUCUGAAGAACUUUCAAAUCUACAAGAAGUGCAUUGUGCAGUAGGGGAGGCUGGGCUGCAGGAUGGUCUGCUAGCCCUUUAUUACAGUGUCAUGCUUCCUCCUCCAAAUGGGACUUGCUAA